AUGAAGACACUUAAUUGCUACGUCCUGCUCCUUUGCUGGAAAGCAAUUUGCUGCAACAGCUGCCAGCUCACCAACAUCACCAUUGCUGUGGAAAGAGAAGAAUGUGAAUUCUGUAUCACAGUGAAUGCCACGUGGUGCUCAGGAUACUGCUUCACCAGGGAUCCAGUAUACAAAUAUCCUCCAGUAUCAACUGCUCAGCAGACCUGUACCUUCAAGGAGGUUGUGUAUGAAACAGUGAAGAUUCCUGGCUGCGGUGACCACCCUGAAGCUUUUUACUCAUACCCAGUAGCUACAGAAUGCCACUGUGACAGCUGUGACACUGACACCACUGACUGCACUGUCAGGGGACUGGGGCCAUCCUACUGUUCCUUCAGUCACAAUGGAAGUAACCAGUGA